GAGCAGUCAGUCUCACCCUCAGCUGGAGGUUCCGUGGGAGAGUCGUACCUAAGGAUUCGAGGUAAAAAAAUGACAUUCGAACCUCGAGUAGCAUCUUUUAAGCGUCUCUUACUGUCUCUAGUCCUGCUUUCCUGUUUGGGAGGAUUAUUCUACACUUUUUACAAGCCCACUAGGAGCUGGUUAUCUUUCCCUAAUGCUUCAGUCUCCACACAUGAAGUCCUCACAGACGAAUGCCUUAAAACAUCAAAGGAAAAAUUUGUCCAGAAAUCAAACAAGACCGAGACUCUUGAUGAUUUUUUGGUAAAACAGCAACAACUAAUCAACAAACCGAACACUAUUGAAGAAUAUAAAGAAAUUGAUGACAUCAUCAUGCUAAUCUGGACAUGGCCUGGCGAUUAUAAGUUCAGUGGAGAAGCAUGUAUUUCAGAGUUUGGUAUUCCAGGUUGUCAAAUUACAGAUGACAGAAGCCAGUAUGACAAAGCCCACGGUGUUAUGUUUCAUCAAAGAGACAUCAGUAGGGAUUUACAAAACCUGCUCAAGAUGCCACGCCCUCUACAUCAGAAGUGGGUGUGGUUGAACAUGGAGUCUCCUAGUAAUUCAAAAAGAUGGCCUGAGCUUGAUGGUUUAUUCAAUCUGACAUCAAAUUAUCGGAGAGAUUCAGAUGUUUGGGUGCCUGUUGGAAAAAUUGUAGAAGCACCUGAGAAAAACAACACCUUCAAAAUACCACCGAAGGAUAAAUUAGUCUGCUGGAUUGUCAGUAACUGGAAGGCCAAAUAUGAGAGAGUGAGAUAUUUUAAUGAACUGAGCAAACACAUUAAAAUUGAAGCUUACGGCAGACACUUUAACAGGCCCAUUAGCAGAGACGAUUACAAUAAGAUUUUAAAGAGCUGUAAAUUCUACCUAUCAUUUGAGAACUCCAUCCACAAAGACUACUUCACAGAAAAGGUGUUUAAUCCUCUGAAACUCGGCACGGUCCCUGUGGUUCUCGGGCCACCCAGGCAGAACUAUGAGGAAUUCAUUCCACCAGAUUCAUUUAUCCAUGUGAACGAUUUCAAAUCUCCCCAGAAACUGGCAGAACAUCUCAUGUUUCUGGACAAGAACCAGAAGGUGUAUGAGCAGUACUUUAACUGGAGAAAACACUUUAUAGCUAUACGUGCACGUUUUGGUCUGGAACACACGUGCCGAAGUUGUGAACAUAUAAGAAGCGAUAAGCGUUACAAAGUAUUUAAAGAUCUCACUAAAUGGUAUUGGGGUUAACAGGCCUAUCCUACACAGGAGCUGGUUCAUAUGAAGCUGUUGUCCACAUGCAAAUUGCCUCAAUUGGUUUUAUACCCAAGCCAACAUCAGAGAUCAGUGGGUAACCUCAAAUAUAAAUUGAGCAUUACUUGCAAUUUUGACCUCGGAGCACACUGUAACAAAAGGUGUCUAUUUUUGGCUGUGCUAUCCAGUAUCACCCCAGAAGUCAUGGGUUCCCUUUUGAGUCCUCUUAAGGCUUCUUCCUCAUGUCAUCUCAGGGAGCUUUCCUUGCCUUCUUUUUUUUUUAAUUUACAUCUAAAUUUUCAGUUCUGUAAUGAAAAAGCUGCUCUGUAGCAGUGUCUACUGAUAAAGUUUAUUUGUUCUGCAGUGUUUCAGUUCUGCUUCAAUGUGCAGUGCUUCAAUUCUGUUUGUAUAGAAAAUCAUCUGCUGUUUCUGUCUUUUAUUUCCUGUACUGGAGGUUAUGAGUGACCAAGUAGUAACUAAUCUGGCAGCUAAUCUAGUCCUCCAAAGCUUCAGUAGAGUUUACCUGUAAAGAGAUUAAAGUUAAGGCAUUUUGUUAUCACUUUUUUACAUACGGUUUACAAUGUUUUAAAAUCCAUAAAACCAAUACUGUAUGUAGAUUGCUUUGUUUUAUCUUUGGCUCCAUGUUCCAUCUCAGAACAGAAAUCAAAACACACACAUUAACAAAUAAGUUUUUUUGUAUUUGUAUAACAAAUUUGUAACAAUUUACAUGUUUAAAAA